GAGGGGAGAGCCGGGCUCUGAGGUCAAGGGCGCAUGCCCGGGACAGCAGGUGCGGGGGGCGCGCGGCCUCCCCUUUAAGAACCGCCACCGCCCACGGCCCGCCGCUGCGGCAGGGACCUCCCCUUUAACGCAGGGGCUGGUGCUCCGCGGCCGCCGCGGCUGCUGCUGCUGCUGCUGCUCCUGCUGCUCCUGCUGCUGCGGCUCCUCCUGCGGCUCCUGCUGUCACCGUUCGACCUCAGCAGCUGCAUCCUCGGCCCUGGCGGGGUCCGCGCCCCGCGCCCCGCGCCCGCCAUGGUGUCCUGGAUCAUCUCUCGCCUGGUGGUGCUCGUCUUCGGCACGCUGUACCCAGCCUACUCUUCCUACAAAGCCGUGAAGACAAAAAACGUGAAGGAAUAUGUGAAGUGGAUGAUGUACUGGAUCGUCUUUGCCUUCUUCACCACGGCCGAGACACUCACCGACAUCGUGCUCUCCUGGUUCCCCUUCUACUUUGAGCUCAAGAUCGCCUUUGUGAUAUGGCUGCUGUCGCCUUACACCAAGGGCUCCAGCGUGCUCUACCGCAAGUUCGUGCACCCGACGCUGUCCAACAAGGAGAAGGAGAUCGACGAGUACAUCACCCAGGCCCGAGACAAGAGCUAUGAGACCAUGAUGAGGGUGGGCAAGAGGGGCCUGAACCUGGCCGCCAAUGCCGCGGUCACAGCCGCUGCCAAGGGGGUGCUGUCAGAGAAGCUCCGAAGCUUCAGCAUGCAGGACCUGACCCUGAUCCGGGACGAGGACUCGCUGCCCCUGCACGGGCCCGCCGGCCAGCUCCGCCCCGGCCCCGGCGGCCUCCUGGACACCAUUGAGGACCCAGGAGAUGACCCCGCCCCGAGUUUAAGGCCUGGCGCGAACCAGGCCGAUGCCCGGACAGAAACCUCCGAGGAGGAUGUGGGAGACAAGGCCCCUAAGAGGCUCAAACCCGUCAAGAAAGUGCCCAAAAGCGAGCCACUGGCUUCCAAGACGGUGAAGGCCCGGCCCAAGAAGAAGACCUGUGGAGGCGGUGACUCGGCUUGAGGUCCCGGCCCCUCAGGCGCGAGCCCGGCUCCGCACUGUGCCCGGAGCCCCUGUGUCUCAGGCCCGGGGCCCGCAGAUGGCUGUUUCUGGUGCCGGCCCAGAGGCCCCUUUUCUGGAAGGGCUUGGAAAAGAGGAGGGAGGCCCUGUCGAGGGGGGUGGGGUUUGAAGGUCGAGGCUGGGCCUGGAGCUGAGGACUGAGCCACCCAAGGAGGCGGGGGCUCCUUGGAACCUGAACUGCCGUUGUCCCCGUCCCGCUCUCUGCGCCCACCCAGUGCCUUGCUAAAGCCAUGGCCACCGGCUUCUCAGAGGUCCUACCGUGCGCCUGCUGCUCUCCCUGGGCCGGGGGCGGUCAUACCCAGAUGGAUCAGAGCCGGGCCUGGAGGCACCUGGGGAGGGAGAGGGUGGGGGAGCUUCGGGGAACCUGGGCAGGGGCUCCAGGCCAUAGCCCUGAAGGGAGGACAGGGCCUCAGCGUGUGCUGAAGUGACCAGGAUGGCCAUGCGGGAGCUGGAGCUGGGGCAUUGGAUGAGCUGUGGGCUACACGUCCCCACUAGAAAGAGGUGGGGCUCCAGGGGUGUGCGUAUGAGCGUGUGUGUGCGUGCGUGCGUGCGUGCGUGCGUGUGUGUGUGUGUGUGUGUGUGUGUGUAUGUGUUUGAGGUAAAGGACUGUCCCUCCAGCAGUGACCUCCUCCCACCCUCAGCCUCCUUCCUAGUCUCUGAGCCUCAGAGGAUGACAGCCCGUGAGGUAAUGGGGCUGUGAGGAGUGGCUCGUCUCCUUCUCUGCCCUCAGUUCUUUUUUUGCCUCUUCCCUUUCCUGCCCCGCGGCUGGGCUCCUCUACGCGUCGGGGCCCAGAGUGGAGGCCCCUGGGGAGCCAGCUCCUUUUCUCCACACCCAGAGGCCCGUCCUCCUUCCUCCCAGACUCCUCUUCCUGUGCCCAGCAGACUAGGCCCCCUGUGAGCAGACCCUGUCCGAGCCCAGCCUCCGCCGCAGUUUCCGUCGGAGCCAGGAGGACCGUGCGAAGAAGGAACAUCCAGGAGCCAAGGGGCUCCCAAUUCAGAGGAGAGUGGAUGCUCGCUGGACCUCUGGCACCGGACGAGCCAAUAAACCGAACUCUGGCACUU